GCCUGCGCCUCUCGCUCGGCCGGGGCUGGAAGCGCCCAACCACCGGCCGGUUCACGUGCGGGAAGCGCUCCCCUGCCCUAGUCCCUGGGCGCUGACCGAGCCGGCAACCAUGGUGCCGGCCCAGCUGCUGCUCUCUCAGGCCGUACAUGGCCGGGGAGGCUAUGAUUCUGAUUUUAGUGAUGAUGAGAGUGGAGAGAAAUCUGACCAAAGGAAUAAAAGGACAAGUAAUGAAGAUGCCCUACUCGUAAAACCAUUCCAGAAAGUAAAACAGGUCAAGGUGGCUGACAGACAAAUUGCGGCAGAACAAUGGGAUAGGGAAGAAGCGAGAAAUAGGAGAUUUCAUUUGAUAUCCAUGGAUGCUUAUGCAAGACAUAAAAAGUUUGUGAAUGACUACAUUUUAUACUAUGGUGGCAAAAAGGAGGACUUCCAACGUUCGGGAGCAAGUGACAAGACAGACCUUGAUGUUGUAAGAGAAAACUAUAGAUUCCUGUGGAAAGAGGAAGAUGCAGUGGACAUGAAUUGGGAAAAGAGACUGGCAAAGAAAUACUAUGAUAAAUUAUUCAAAGAGUAUUGUAUAGCAGAUCUGAGUAGAUACAAAGAGAACAAGUUUGGAUUUAGAUGGCGACAUGAGAAAGAAGUAGUUUCAGGAAAAGGUCAGUUUUCCUGUGGAAAUAAGCACUGUGAUGAGAAAGAAGCACUGAAAAGCUGGGAGGUGAAUUUUGGGUACAUGGAAUAUGGUGAAAAGAGGAAUGCGCUUGUGAAAUUGAGACUGUGUCCACAAUGUUCCUGCAAAUUAAAUUUUCAUCACAGGAGGAGAGAAGUCAAACCAAACAAGAAAAGACAGAGAACAGAACGAAACUCUGAAGACCCCAAAAGUAAGAAGUCAAGGUUAUCUCAUUCAGAAAAACACAGAUCUAAGAGAAAUAAACAGAAAGAUCAAGUUUCCUCAGAUGAUUCAGAUGAUUUUGAUAACGACCCAGAUGACAAUGAAGAGCGAGAUGUUCCUUCAGACGCUGACUUUUGGAAGGGUCCUCUACAGGAGACAGAUGAAAAAUCACGGGAGGAAGAGUUUGAUGAGUAUUUUCAAGACUUGUUUCUCUGAAACUCCAUGUGGAAACCUAGAUUAAUUUCUUCUUGAAUUGUCACGAUUCAUAUCUGAAUACCAAAUCAGAUUUAGGAAUCUAUAUAUUGUUUUUUCUAUAAAAAUUCCAUUAAAGGCACUGCUCCUACAAUUGACUGUCCAUGGACACAUACCCCUGCUUACAUAGAGCAUCACUGAUUUCACUGGGACAUGCCCAUGUUUGUCAGUUGCAGGAUUGGGGCAUAAGCAGUUUCUCUUGGAAGAUGAUAGAUACCCUGAACAUUAAUGAAGAAUGACAUAUAACAUACCUGUUUAUAAUUUAUUUUCAGCUGAGUGCAUUGUAAAGUACAAAUCUAAAAAAUUAAUCUCAAAAGAGGGUGAGAAGAAGACAUAUCAGAAUGGAGUUUACUGAUAGAGCGCAGUGUUUUCACAGCGAUCAGAUACAUGAAGUACUUGCUUCCAUGCUGCGCUUUUUAGUUAAUUGUUUUAAAGGCAUAUUCUAGUUGACUCCCUGUUCUGUAUUUACCACUAAACUCUUUAAUAAAAUAUAUAUAUAGUUCUCUCUUAAAUCUAUUAAACUAUGCAGCAAGUGUUUGUGGAUUUAAAUUCAUCAGUCAACCAGUGUUUAAGACUCAAACAUCUGUAUGUGUAAAUCUUUUUGAAAUAUUGAUACCAAAGUUUCUGAUUCUAUAAAACUUACAUUUUGCUUGGCCUAAGUAAAUCUUUUCUUCCUAAAAUUAAUGAUGUUUUCUUUAUUUUUUUUAUAAGCGUUAGUUCACUGUUACCCUCCUCAGUUUAAGUCUUUUAUUUUAAAUGUUGUUUGAUUGACAGUCCCAUGGUCACCCCACUAGUAGUUUGGGAUGUUAGUUUCUCACCUUUGUUUUAAUAAAUAAGGUACUUGGUUUGCCUCUGGA